UCCAACUCGUACGGAAUUUAUUGGUGCGCUUAUUGUUGCUGUCAAAAAUUAAUAAUAAUCAGAUUCAGUCAGUUGGCGGUCAUCGGUGAAGUGGUAGAUCACACGGUGAUUUUGUUCGAUUACUUGUUAUAAAGACCAAGCGUGCAAAACAUAUCCAUCUUCUACCAGAACGAUGAUUGAAUUAAGAGAUGGUCUUUUGUUGGGAUGCGGAAAUCCACUCCUGGACAUCUCGGCGAUUGUAGACGAAAGGUUUCUUGCCAAAUAUGGAAUGUUACCAAACAAUGCUAUCUUGGCUGAGGAGAAGCACAUGCCAAUAUACAAAGAACUUAUCGAGAUGUUCAACGCAGAGUUUAUCGCUGGUGGUAGUGUACAAAAUUCUCUCCGUGUAGCGCAGUGGAUUUUACAGCGACCGAAAGUGGCCGUAUUUUUCGGUUGCGUAGGUAGGGACCGCUAUUCUGAAAUUCUAUCGGAAAAAGCCACCAACGAUGGAGUGAAUGUACAGUACCAGUUCAGCCAAGAUACUCCAACGGGAACGUGCGCUGUGCUAGUAACCGGAACUCAACGAAGCCUUUGCGCGAAUCUGGCAGCUGCUAAUAACUUUACAGUUGAGCAUCUGAAAACACCGGAAAGUGAGCAGUUCUUGAAAAACGCCAAAUAUUUUUAUAUCUCUGGUUUCUUUCUAACGGUUAGCAUCGAAAGUAUUCUUACCGUAGCGAAACAUGCCUUGUCGGAAAACAGGCCGUUCAUGAUGAAUCUUAGUGCACCGUUUAUCCCGCAAUUCUUCAAGGAUAAUCUUGACCAAGCGCUUCCCUAUAUUGAUAUUCUUUUCGGGAAUGAAACGGAAGCACUUGCAUUCGCUGAAUAUCACAAGCUAGAUACUGAAGAUCUGAAAGAAAUUGGGCUUAAAAUUGCGGCAAUGCCGAAGCUAAAUGCAGCCCGAACCCGUACCGUCAUCAUUACUCAAGGUAGUGAUCCCGUGCUGCUGAUCGAUAAUGGUGCUGUCACCGAGUUUCCCGUGGUAAAACUUGCAAGAGAGCAAAUUGUCGAUACAAACGGUGCAGGGGAUGCCUUUGUCGGUGGUUUUCUAGCUCAAUUGGUUCUCGAAAAAAGUUUCGAAACCUGUAUCAAGUGUGGUAUAUGGACCGCACGUGAAAUCAUUCAAAGAUCUGGCUGUACAUUCGAAGGUUUACCUGACUUUAAGGAUUAGGAUUUGUUCUUUCCUGCUAGUUUCACAUUAUUGCAGCAUCGUUAUAAUCAAUAAAAUUUUAUUGUUAUACUCA